CCCCAAUAUUGGGCGUGUCAUAACUCAGCCACACCUCCUGCUCGCAGCAAUUUUCAGCAGCACUAGCUACGGUAUGGCGAAUCAUCAAGGCGGUAAGGCAUUCGGUGCUCUGAAGAGACAGCAAGAGGAAGACUUGGACGCCGUCAACCAGAGCUUCAUCACAAGCAGGAAUUAUGAUGAUGACGAAGAUACAGAAAGCCCACUAGCAGAGAGGCUGGACAAAUACAAAAAACAAUUUAUGGAGUUUGAUGAAGACCACUCUGGAGACAUAGAUAUCAUGGAGCUCAAACGAAUGAUGGAGAAACUAGGUCAGGCCAAGACGCACCUGGAGCUGAAGAAGAUGAUCCAAGAAGUAGACACAACUAAAAAAGGCACCAUCAACUAUCCCGACUUCCUAACGAUGAUGCUUGGAAAAAAGAACAGCAUACUGAAGCUGAUCCUAAAGUUUGAAGAGAUGAAGAAAGAAAAGGAGAGACCAAAAGGUGUAGCACCCAAGAAAUCACUAGCAGAUUUGCCUUGAGAAGACAGCUAGACAGUAUACAUAUAGUUUGUUAAGAAAACUGCGAAAUAAUUUGCAUCUUGUAUUGUAAUCGCUACAAAAUAACACACAAUAAUAAUAAUGAUAAUAGUAGUAGCAAGCGUCUUAUCGAGUGGAAAUUUUUUGAAUUUUAUUUUUGUAAAAGAAUAAAGCAAUCAAACUAAA